AUGGCUUUUGUUACCUUGUACUACCGAACGAAGCACAAGACAAGAGCUAACCAUGUUUCCAGGUCUUCGGCAGGCUCGACCCCGGCAGCGUCCAGACCACGGCGUUCUGGAGCGUCGGGAUCUGCGAACAAUGUCUCCUCGGCUACGGUUCAGCGAGGAUCUGGCACAUCGGAAGACCGACGACAAAGUCUCAAGCUGACCGUCAAGGCUCCUCCGAGCAAGUUGAGAGAAGUCAUGCGGGCUAAUGAGGUGGAGUCCCUCCAUGACACACUGGGCGGAGGAAAGGUCCUGGACGGGCCACGAAGCAGUCGACGUUCAACCUUAGCUGCAAGAACCCCAACCCAGCCGCGAUCUAAAUAUGCCGAGUACGGUGAGAGCGACAUCGAGGACGAAGAUGAAGAGGAAGACGAAGAGGAUGACGAGGACGACGCGGAUGAGGAAGAGCCUUCUGGCACGCGAAAUGACUUUGACGAACUCGGUGCCGAGCCCGAAGGCGACACUGACGGCGAGGAUGUCGAGAUGGAAGACGCACCUCCGGUACGCCCAUCUAAGCGCACCCCUGUCGCCAAAGCGCCCAAGAUCACCCUGAAGCCGCCCGCUCUUGUAGACAGCAAGCAAUCCGCAAAACCGAAGCUGAUCGUCACUCCCGCGAAAGUCGGCCCGGUCAAGUCCGUCGAGGACCAGGAAAUGGAGGAUGACCCAGAUGAUGACGAGGUCGACGAGUCAUCCGACCUCUCCGACGAAGACGACGAAGAGCAGACAAAUCUCAACGACGAAGAUGCUGAAGGCGAGGAGGAAGAGGUUGCUCUCGACCAAGACGCGCCUGCCGAAGACGAAGAACUUGGAGCUGAGUUGGAGGACGGUGAUGAUGCAGACGACCUCGACGACAGCAGUGACGAGACUCCUGGGUCUGGUUCUGCCACUCCCGAUCUAAGUAGAAUGACGAAGAGGCAGCGAGGCAGACCCGAGGACCAAGGGACCCUGAUGGCGUUGGAUAUGGCGCCACAGCAGCGAAAGUUCUUCACCGACGCCGAGAAAGCCAUGAAGAAGGACGAACAUGCCAGAAAGCGAAAGGAGUUGACGAAGCGAAAAGUGCAGGAGGAGAAGACCGCCGCCCUGAAUCGACUGCUCAAACCUCAAGUAUCCAAGACCCGAGGUGCUGCACCGAAGCCUGAGACAUUAGCGGCCGCGGCCGCUGCUGCGGCAGUCGGUUCGCCAUACGAGGAGGAAGACAUCUACCUGAGAGCCAAUCCCCUCUAUACCCGAUGGGUCAGCACGAAAGACGGUGUCAAAUUGGGUGUCCCUGAGGAAUGGCUGGGCAAGAAAGUCGGACGCUACUUUGGACCGCCCUUGUCAUCAAGCAAUGGUUCCCUUGUCCAGGAAGUCGAGUAA